AAACGUCGUCAUCUUCCCCAAGUCCGCACCUACCUCUUUACCACUUUCUCUCUCCUCUUUCUCUCUCUAUCUCUACAAGAACACCGCUCGCUCGCUCGGGCUCUACCCAGUUCCUCCGUUUGGGGCGCGUAUGUGAUCGGUUCCCGGCCGUCGCGACCUUUCUCUCCGGCGAGGAUCUCGGGCGAAAAACCAUGGGGGCGGCGGCGGCGGCGACGGGGGCGGGGGCGGGGGCGGCGGGGCCUGGCGGAGGCGCAGUACGUGAAGGCGAAGACGUCGGUGUGGUGGGACAUCGAGAACUGCCAGGUGCCCAAGGGGUGCGACCCCCACGCGAUCGCCCAGAACAUCAGCUCCGCCCUGGCCAAGCUCAACUACAGUGGGCCCGUCUCCAUCUCCUCGUACGGCGACACCACCGGCAUCCCCGCCGCGGUCCAGCAGGCGCUCUCCAGCACCGGCAUCGCCCUCAACCACGUCCCCGCCGGUGUUAAAGAUGCGAGCGAUAAGAAGAUACUGGUGGACAUGCUGUUCUGGGCAGUGGACAAUCCUGCACCGGCUAAUUAUCUUUUGAUCUCUGGUGAUCGGGACUUUUCUAAUGCUCUUCAUCAGCUGCGCAUGAGAAGGUACAACAUUCUCUUAGCGCAGCCUCAGAAGGCAUCGGCACCCUUACAGGCUGCUGCAAAGACCGUGUGGUUGUGGACCAGUCUUGUGGCUGGUGGGCCUCCUUUGACGAGCAUCGAGUCACAACCGUUUGGUAACUAUGUUUUCGUUUCUUCUAGUUCGGAUACAUUACCAGUCCCAGUUUCUAAUUCUUUUCCGAUGAAGCAACCUGUGGAUGUCCAUUACGAAAGUUCUCAUAUAGGGAACCAGAAGUUUGCCAAUAUGGGAAAGGGUAAUGACCCCAAACAUAAUAAAGGAAAAGUGAACCGGAAAAAUUCGUUUCAAUCUGGUUCAAAGAAUUCGAGGUCUGUAGACGAUCAAAACAAUUCGAGCUAUUACCCUACCUACCGGGGUCCCAUUGGUGGAUCUGCUAUCCCUGGCAAUCACGAUCCUUCUUGGAGCCAUAGCAACGGGCAUGUCAAUUAUGGGAUUCAUUAUCCUCCUCCUCCUCCAAGGCCAGACUUUCCUGUGCAACCUGCACACCCACAAGCAAAUUUGUAUCCGCCCUACAGUGCUCCUUUUGGUAGCAUUCCUAUGGUGCCUCCUAGGCCAGAUAGGCCUAGCAGUUCACAGGGUCCUCCAGACAUCAGUAAGUUAAAUAUUUCGGUUCACCCAAGCAACGUUCAGAAUCCUCCUGCUUUUCAUCAGCAGAACAGAGAGCUAAAGCAGAUCCCUAACCAUGUCAAGAACAAACCAUCAACCUAUCAUGACACCAUGAACAAUAGGUUUCCUCGACGCCCCGAGUAUCCAUCCUCAACUUCCUCUGCCCCGUCUACUCCUGAUUUUCCAAGUAAUGGUACUUGGGGAACUCCUGGAUAUCCAAAACCUUCCGAGUACAUACAAGGUCUUAUAGGAGUUAUCCUACUCGCCUUGGACACCCUAAAGAACGAAAAGAUUUUGCCAACUGAAGCCAAUAUAAUUGAUUGCAUUCGAUAUGGAGAUCCGAAGCAUCGCAACACUGACGUGAAACAGGGCCUAGAGAGUGCCAUAGAGCAUCAAAUGAUAGUGAAGCAAAAUUUAGGCGCCAUGCAGUUGUAUGUUGGUAAGAAUGAAAAACUAUGGAAUUGUGUGAACCCUUUGGGUGGAAAUGCAAAGGAUUAUCCUAAAGCAACAUGGAAUGAGAUUCAGAAUUUCUUGACAUCGUCUGUAGGACGGGCUGCAAUUCUGGCUUCUCAGUGCAGGUAUGAAGCGGGUACUACUAUGAAGCACAUGUGCUUGAAACAACUUGCUUUAGGUGAUGUUCUACGAAUUCUAAACAUAAUACUUACAGUGAAAAGAUGGAUAGUGCACCACGCAUCAGGAUGGCAGCCUCUUAAGAUUACUCUCGCGGAGUCCAACACCAACUCUGUAUCCAGUGAUGAUGGAUGGGGGAGUGGUUGGGAAUAGGCAAGGAGUGUUGAUAGACCUGGGGGGGCUUGAGGAGGUGAGCCCCUAUUACCCCAUCUCCACCUAGGAUUCUUGACUUUUGAUAUUUGCCCAUCAGAUUUUUUUUUUUCUACUUUGGAAAUUAUAACUCACCUUUCCUAGUCCUAGAUCCUGUAUCUGCCAUAACCUAGGACGUCGCCUUGCAUGGUAGUGUACCAUACACCAAAUGUGAAGGUGGGUUGUAUUUGGUAAAGAUAUGGUAAGUUACAAUCACUUGGAUGACUGGCAUCUGAGAAGACCAAGGGCCGUAGGUAAAGAGUACAUGUGUUGAGCUACCAAGGAAGUAAUCCUGGUCUAAUGUACUGAAGGAGUAGGUAAACCCUUCGAACAUGAAGCUUUGAGGUUCGCAAGUUGUUGGAUAUAGAUUGCUCUGCCACGUGCUUAACAUAUUUGCCUUAGGUGUUUCGACUGGAGGCAUAUGAUGAUGAUAUCUUUACAACUUACGCUGGGACCUUUUAGGAUCGAGACACGUGGAAUCAUUCUAUAGAUUUAACUAUUCAUGCAACCAUAUUACAGUGGAAUUUACUGUUGGUCUUUUCUUAUGGAGCAAGUCGGAGGUUUUUGCAAAAUGGCUCCUUGCUUGAUUGAUCUGAUGCUUAGACAGUUGAAAAAAGUCGAGCAAGAGAUGCUACUAGUUUGUUGAAAAUGGGUCUUCUUUGAGAUGCUGCUGGGACUUUAUUCUGUGGCUAUGGACUUGUGGAUCCUCCAAAACUAUGCAGCAAUGAAACUCUACAUGAUCAGUUUUUCCAAAGCUUUACGUAAUGGAUUACAAGCCGACGCCAAUUUGUGUCCUGUUAUCAUGUCGCUUCAUUCACAUAAAAUCUCACAUGAUGUCGACAAAAGGAAGAGGAGAGAAGUUUUAAGCACAGAGAUGUGUGCCAUAAAUUAGCUCUCUGAAGUUCGAGCGAAGCCAUUAAGCUUUAUGUAAAGUGCAAUGUAAUUCCUGUAUUAAUAAGGUAACAAUACUUUACUCGGUGAAGCUUGUAAGUUCUUGGACUCUACUUUGCUCUUUGUGUUUGUCUCAUUUCCGGAUGUUGCUUACAGUUCCUGUCGAGCAGAUCUAAACUGAAAGGGGUGAUGUAAUUGUGGGAUAUCUUGAUAAGCCUAUUAUCUGUUACCAAUCAUCGUGUUAGAUAUUC